UAAUUAAUGGUGCUUACUCGAUUUUCUGGGAACGGAAAGGGGUUGUGUCCGUCUGAAAAUAAGGUAUUUAUCUACUGUUGGGGGAUGUGCUCUGCUCGGCGCGGCAGGGCGGGCAAGGCAACGUGAUGCAACGGACCCCUGUGGUUGGUGUUAUCGGCAUGAGGAAAGAAUCAUUCCGAUUGAUUGAUUUGAAUGAAGCUGCGUGGGCUUAUCAAUACAGUGACGAUGAGAUGGGCUGGGCUGGGCUCGGUUGGACAAUUAUUAACUUCCCUCUUCCCAUCUAGGCCGGUGAAGGCGUCAUUGAUAUCCAAGCGUUGAGGGGAGGGAGGGGGCCAAGGUAUACAGUGAGUGAGUGAGUGGUGUUAGGUGGUGUUAAGUCAGUAGUCCACCAUUCUCCGUAGCUACUGUAACUGUGAUCUGGCUGCUACUAGUCUAGUAUCUUCUGGCGUGUAUCGGCUAAAGGGCCGACGCCAAGCGUGGUGUGAAAGUUGCCAGUAGUGUCCGGUUUAGUUAUUCUUAGCCAUUCAUCUUAUCUGGGAGGGCGCUGGUGCCUCCCACACUAACUGCUAUGGAGUAUGUAUGUCCACCCAAACUUCCAGCCACCCGGGGAAUCCACACCGUCUGGGAUAGACCUAUUACUCCUUCGGCUUCCUGUCACGGGGAGGAAUUAUAGUUCUGGCUGUUCUCUCCCCGGCUUUCUCUUUGGCCGGAAUUUAUAUUAUGGGGGUGCGAUGAGCAGCAGGAGGAGGAUAAGCUUGCUGGUGAUGCUGAUGAUGAUGCUGAUGCUGAUCCUGUUGAUAAAGCCCCCUCCAAGUCUCCAUAUUAUUCUUCAAGAAAAGGCCGGAGUUAAGCGCACGCCGAAGGGCGGCCGAACGAAGGGGGGGACAACCUCCGACUGUCGGGCGGAAGGGGCCCGUCUAGGAGCAGCUUACGGUAUCAGCCAUUCAGUCUCCAAACCCACAUCCCGCCAAUCCUCCCCCUCCGUUUCCCCCAUACACGCUCCGUCCAAAAAAGUAACUGAACUUACUUGCCUCCAUCCACGCCCAGAGGCAAAAAGAAAAAAAAAAGGGAAGUAAAAAAAAU